CAAACACACCCCAACACAUUCUCGACCCGCCGCAUAAUUUCAAACAAAACGAAAUUACGAUUUUCUCCUCGUAAAGGGGGUUCUAUUUUUGAAGUGCGAGCAAGGGCUCUUUCGUCACUUCAAAAUAAGAGAUAUUAUAUUAUUUUGAUUUAAAAAAAAUGAAAAUAUCAUUCUCUGCAUCCACCACACAAAUACUGCCGUCUCUACACAUUCCUCAGCUCAUCCGCCGCGCUCCGGCGAAGGAGAAGGUUGUGGUGGUGCUCGGCGUCACCGGCGCCGGGAAAUCGCGCCUCUCGAUCGACCUCGCCACUCGAUUCUCCGCGGAGAUCAUCAAUUCCGACAAAAUGCAGGUCUACCAAGGGCUCGAGAUCACCACCAACAAAAUCACCGACGAGGAGCGCCGCGGCGUGCCGCACCACCUCCUCGGCGUCGCCGAUCCGGAAUCCGACUUCACCGCCGCCGAUUUCCGCUCGAUGGCGUCGAUCUCGCUGCGGUCGAUCCACGGCCGCCGCCGGCUCCCGAUCGUCGUCGGCGGAUCGAACUCGUUCGUGGAGGCGCUCGUCGACUCCAGCUUCCGAUCGCGCUACGACUGCUGCUUCCUGUGGGUGGACGCCGCGAUGCCGGUGCUCCACUCGUUCGUCUCCGAUCGCGUCGAUCGGAUGGUGGAGAGAGGAAUGAUCGAUGAAAUUAGGGCUUUUUUCCGGCCGAACGCCGAUUAUUCGCGCGGGAUCCGCCGCGCGAUCGGCGUGCCCGAGCUCGACGAGUAUUUCCGGAUCGAAUCGGAGCGCGGCGGCGAGGAGGCUCGCGCUAGGGCUCUGGCGGCGGCGAUCGACGCGAUUAAGAUGAACACGAGCAGGCUCGCGUGCCGGCAGCUGGAGAAGAUCCGGCGGCUGAGGAACGCCAGAGACUGGGGGAUGCACCGCCUAGACGCAACGGAGGUGUUCAGGAAGCGCGGCGGCGAGGUGCAGGCGGCGUGGGAUAGCGUGGUGGCGGAGACGGCUGAAUUGAUAGUGAGUCGAUUCUGCUACGAUUCGGAGCCGGAGGUCUACGGCGGCGUGGUGGCGAUGAGGAGCGGCGCGCGGCCGAUGAUGGCAGCGACGGCGUCUUAAUUGGGCGGCAAAUGCGGUUAUGAAUUUUCUGGUGACAGUUUUGGGAAUAUUUACAAUUUUGUCCCGGCAUUAUAUACUUACCCGUAUAUCUGCAAUAAUGAGAAUUACUCAAUUACCCCCUGUAUUUCUGCCUACCGAAAUUAUCAAAUUAAUAAAAGUAAUUUCUACAUUAAUUAUUUUA